AUGGCGUCGCAACAGAUUCUCUUCGCCGAGACAAUAGCGGGCAUGAAAAAAGCAUUCAAAAGGAAAUCAUAUGAGUCCGACUCAGAUUCCGAGAUCGAAAGCUAUAGCAACCGUGGAAACAAGCUCAAGAAAAAGGCACGCUUUGCUCGACAAGGACAAUUGGUUCCCAAUAACGGCCCAAGCUCGUACAAAGAGUAUGUCGAAUACGCCGGAGUCUAUCGCCCAAUCCUUUAUCGCAAUCCACCUCUAGUCGACGAGGAAGGAUAUGAAAUAGACAGCGACGACGAAGAUGAGGACCGUGUUCAAGAAGCAGAGGCCUCUGCCGCAGAAUUGAACCCAUAUGCCAAUAUCCAAAUAGAGAAUAUCCUCGCGCCGCUUACUGCAUCGACCGCCUUGCCGACACAUCCAACCCUUUCGAAGCCUUUCACAUCAAAGACCCUCACUCGGCUUGUUGAUCAAAGCUGCGACAUUGUGCGCAAAGAGAACCGUUCCCUGUGGAAAGUCAGGCACCUCCUAACGUCGCUGUGUGGCGAUUACACCUGGGCUCCAUGCGAGAUGAUGGUCCGACCGGCAGAUGUCGAGCUUUACACAGAUAAUCAUAUGGCGCGCCAUCUAUUGGCCCUGUCCCAGGCAGUAUCGGCGCUCCCUGCAAUUGCCAACGGGGACGUUGGGCCACAUCAAAACGGCGUCACCGCAGGCGAUGUUGCUCCAGAUACAACUUUGGGUGGAGAACUCAUGGGCAAAGACGCUGCGGAGGAUGCUGAUAUAACAAUGACAGACGCUGGGACGACGGCCGACCCGGACGGUUCCCAUCUGGAAGAUGCUGGUGAGGCCGAGAAGAUGGAUGUUGAAAAAAGCGCGGAUACAAAGUCGAAUAUUCCGAGCGGCGAGCAAGCUCCAGUCGAACAAACAGAUUCCGCAAAAGCGUCAAAGGUUGAACCAAUAAACGGGGUCAACGAGAGUUCGAACGAGCAGAAACAAGGUGGAAUCGGAGCUGACGGAGCCGAUACCUCUGCAAAACAGACAGUUGGCGAUAUACACCAACAGACCGAGCUGGUUGAGAGAAUAGCGCCAGACGCAUCUCUGGUUUCCGAAGCAGAGGACGACUUUAUUCACCCUCUGUUUCUUGCUCCUGCAGGUGCAAGACCAGAUAGAGAUAUUGGUUUGCCAGAUCAGGAAGCAGAAGAUAUCCGACGACUUCUUGCUCUGUAUGUGCAAAAACAGGAAGAGGUAUGCCGAGGAGCUAAUAAGUUGUUUCUGGGACUUCUCAAAGCCGAGCAGCUGCGCAAAGAUGUACUCCACUGGUCCAAAGCAGAAGCUCACUCGGGGCCUAACCGAGACAUGUCGGACGGCGAGGACUGGUACGACAAGGAGGAAUGGGGCCUAACGGAAGAUCUCAAGAAGGGGCAGGACGAAGAGGAGGAGGACGUCCAAACAACAGGCAAAAAGACAAGAAACCGACGCCAAUAA